UCGUUUUUAAGUGAAAGUAUGGCAGCCUCGGUUGAUGUGGGAUUAAAGUUCGUCGCGUUCGCUGCCUGUAACGCACUUUACGAUAACACAAACAUCUACACGAUUAUGUGUCCGAUGCACGCUGGUCACGUCAUGUUUAUUUUUUAUUUGCAGAUUGACGGCGGCACUUUAGAAAAACGAAAGAAAACCAGUGGUGUGAAUCGAAUCAAAUUUGAUUGGAUAUGGACGUGGAGGGAGAUCCAGACCCUGAACUGAAUGAUCAGGGAUUGGAAGAAGAGCUUGUGUCUUUGAGAUCUCAAGCAGAGUUGCUGAGACGGGAUCUACAGACAUGCAAGGAUGAACUUCAGAAGCUACAGAAACAGCUCAACCAAAGCGAUCGUCUCCAGAAGACAACAGAAAGCUACAAUGAGGAUCUCAGACAGCAGGUUGAUCGACUGAGUGCAGAAAUCCACGAGCGAAAGAAAAAAGAGAGAGAGAAGGUGGAUGCUGAGGUUCAAACGGAAGAGUACACCUGGACGGAGACAGAUUAUUAUAAUUAUUAUUAUGGCGGAUACUACCACUCAGAAACAGAGAUGGUGGCAGAUACACAGGAGGCUGUUGCCACGGAAACACAGAAGGAUUUUGCCACGGAAACACAGGAGGCUUUUGCCACACACAUUGUAGAGUCAUCAGAACAAACUGAUGUGUAUCCAUUACUGACGGAGACUCUACCAGUCGACCCUGAGCAGCAAGAUGGAUCAAAUGUUUUAACACAAACUGAGGAGACGUCUGGAGAAGGCAACUCUAUCGCAGACAUGCUCCGAGCAACUGCAGAAGAGGCCCUGAAUCAGACCAACUUUGUGUUUGAUGAAACUUCCGGCAUGUACUACGACCACAGCACCGGAUUUUACUACGAUUCUUCCACUCAGCUGUACUAUGAUGCCAACACCGGCAUGUAUUAUUAUUACGACCCGGAAAGUGGAAAAUACCAAUUCCACUCGAGGAUAGAGGUGCCCGCCGCACACCCUGACGCGGAGCAGACGCCCCAGAGGAAGAGCAAAGACUGGAAAAACAGGAAGUCGUUGAAGAGCGCAGAUAGAACUUCCUGUCCCGACGCAGGGGAUCAUAAAGAGGCGGGGGCUGAGGUUGCCAAACAGCCUGAAAGCCAACACAAAGGAAAAAGGGAUGAUACCACAUCACAUAAAAAAACACGCAGAUCUCGAUCCCGAAGCCCCCCACGACCCAGCGCUACAGAAAGAUCCAAAAAAGGCAAGAGUCGAGACAGGAGCAGAGAGCGCUCGAUAGACAAAAAGAAAACUCGGAGACGGAGCCGGUCGCGUUCACAUGACACACACAGCAGGAGACGGAAAGAGAACGGGUCGCACUCGGAUGACUCACACGGGCAAAGGAGAAAGAGCAGUAAGAAGCAGAGAAAGAGAUCGCGUUCGGAUAGUCGCAGAGAGCGGAAGUCACGUUCCGAUGGUGUCAACGGUGAGAGUGAGCCGGAGGAAGGAGAGAUCACCGGGUCGGAUGGAGAGAAAGAACCAUUAUCGUCAUCCUCAUCAAUUUCAUCACCUGUUCAACCCGCACAUGAGAGUCCAGAGAGAGAAGUGGAAGCACAAGUGCAGGAAGAAGCCUGGCCGCCGUGCGUUCGGGUGACAGUGGUUCGUUCACCUGUAUUGGAGACCGGAACGCUGUUCAUCCUCACAGCUGACACUGUUGCCACAAUCGGCAGAGAGAAAGACAUGAAUCACGCCAUCAGAAUCCCCGAGAUGGGUGUUAGUAAGUCCCAUGCGGAGGUUUAUUUUGACCAGGAGAAUCAGGGUUACCUGUUGAUCGAUCAGGGCAGUCAGAACGGCACUGUCAUCAAUGGAAACAGAAUAUUACAGCCCAAAGUACGCUGUGACCCUUACCUUCUGACCCACGGAGAUGAAGUGAAGAUGGGCGAGACUGUCUUGUCCUUCCACAUUCACACCGGAACCAACACGUGUGACGGUUGUGAACCGGGACAGAUCAUAGCACAUCUGAGUCGGCAUAAGAGAGAGGAGAACUCUGGAUCUAUUCUUAGUAAAGAAGACAAAGAAAUUCAACGACAGAAAGAACUCAAGAUGAUUAAAGUUAAAUAUGGUCUUAAAAACAGUGAUUAUGAAGAGCAGAAGGCUGUUAAGAACAGCAAGUAUAAAGACAGAGCUGAAAACCGCCGGCAGACGGUUGGGAGCAAGGGAGUAUUCCAGAGAGACGACGCUCCUGCUUCGGUUCAUGUUGAAAUUGGUGAUGAGAACAAGGGUAAACAGAUGCUGGAGAAGAUGGGCUGGAAACGUGGAGAGGGGCUCGGCAAGGAUGGAACCGGCAGGAAAGAUCCAAUCCAGCUGCAGCUGCGUAAGGCUCAGUCUGGUCUUGGUUCUGGAGUCGUUAUGUCUAUAGAUGACGCCAAUCUCACCAAAACCAAAAACCAGCGUAACUGGGAGCGGGCACGGGAACGCUUUACAGAUGCAUGCCUGACUGACUCCGCCCAUCCUGAUACUAGCGAAUCACCUAACACUUUGGUCAAAAUUAAUGAUUCGGAGUGACUUACUUUGAAUGCUGUGGAUUUGUGGCUGAUUUUGAAGUUUACUGCAAGUUCAACUUCUCAGAGGGUGCAACAAAGACAGAAUUCUGACAUUUUUGUCAAUUGUUUUUUAGUUCUUUUUAAUCAAACGUUGUUUUUCCCCAAAAUUGAACGACAAACAAUAUCUCAGACAAAUAAAGAAAGGUCUGUAAAAGUGUUUUCCUCGUGUUAUAGAAGCGUUCGCUGAAACUCGGUCAAACUGUAUCUUUAAAGCUAUGUUUUGCGGAUCAAUCAUACCCAGCUUUUGCGGUGACAGCUGCAGUUAAACCUGUGGAGCGAUGUAUGACCUGUCAGUAGGGACAAAAUUACAUGCGUCAGUCUUCUGUCAAGAGGCAUCAAGUGCUUAGCUGCUGUUUGUCCAAGGGCAACAAAUAACAUGCAGGACAGAACAAAAACCUUUGUGAAACUUCUGUGUGACCUGAAUUUGUCCACAUAAAAAGGUGUUGUGGUCCACAUGGCUUCUGUAUUGUGGUCAACUUCGCCAUAUCGUAUACGCUUGUUAAUCGUGUUAUGCGUUAUUGGGUAUCUCAAAUCCUGUGUGAACAUGUCUGGGUCCUAUCUCACCCCAAAGUCGAAAGAGAAGAGAAUAUUUAGGGAGUUUAGGUCGGGUGGGACCCUUUUUGUCGAAGAUAAACUGAUAUUUUUUUAUAAUUUAUAACACAUCACUUCGGAGCUUGUUUGUAAUUUAAUAUAUUUGCUGUAAUGAUAUAAAUGACCUUUAUAACAUUAAAAUAAGUUUACUAUGGUCUUACUUAAAUAAUCAUGUCUUAAAAUAAAAAAUGAUGACUACA